AUGUGUUGUGAUCACAAUUAUCACAAAGUGGAAUCAGAUGAGAAUGAAAAUGUUACAGAUAAUAUUAUGUUGGUCAUUGGAAGGGCAGGUGAUGAUUAUCAUGAACAUCCAUCAUGCAUUACAGCUAUUCCAGUUGUUAUGAAAAGACCUACAGAUAACAUUCACACGGGCAGCAGUAGCAGUGUGGCUACUACAGCGGAAGUUGUGGAGUUCUUCGACAAUUUAUUCGAUAGCGUAAAUUGUUAUCCUGGAGGCGCAACAAAAGGGAAAAUGAGAAAAGCAGUAAAAAUAAACUCUUGCAAAUGCUGCUCUUGCAAAAAAAAUUGCAUGAAGAGCUUUACUAGUAAAUCUACAGAGGAUAAUAUUUAUUCUUACAUGCGCCAAAGAGAAUAUAAACUUUUAAAAAAUAGUAAUUUAGUUUAUCCAAGUUCCAAACUUCUAGUGUUGUACAGGGAAGCAAGUUGUUUAAACAUAAUUAUUUAAACGAUAACUGUAUCCAAAACGAAAUUGGGGCAAAUUUAAAAAAAUUCAAGAUUUGGAGUUUUCCUGGUUAGGGUGUCAGAAAACACACAAUAUGUGUUUAAAAAAAAUGUUUUUACAUAUAUUGUUAGGCUUCAUGUCUAUAACUGGAGCAAUAUUAUAAAUAAAAUUUUAAAGGGAGCUAUAGAGGAGAGAUAUGUGCAAAAAAUGGCAGGAAUCCAUAAAAUUGCUUUUAUGAAAUAUAAAACAAAUAAAUUAAGAAAAAGGGCAUUAAAUAAAUAAACAUUGAAAACGAAAUCUGUUUUAUUUUUAAUAUUCGCAAUAAUAAUGCUUGGAAGUCACGUAGUAUCUAGUACGUAGUAUUUUUAUCGAUACAAUGGGCACCUCACUAAAGUAUCGAUAGAUAUCGAACUGGUAGGCAACACUACUUUUUACUGUCAAAAUUGGUAAGGCUACAGCAGCGCCACAACUGGCCAACUGAAACUAUGGAAAACAUCACUGUCGCAUCUGUUACGUAGUAACUAAUACUUAAUCUGUG